GCAUCUUCCAGUGAUACGCAUAUAACAUACAUUGAGUUGCUCCUCGCCAAAAUACUACCUGCUGGCAGUGACGAGUACCAAGUCACAGAGCAGGUAUACCUACACCCCCUUUUACCAAUCUCCUUACACUUCAGUUCAACAUUCACAACCCCUUUCCUCCUCCCAAGACCAAGCACAGGGCACCCCAGUUGCAUCUUCCAGAGCCCAAGCUCGCCUGUGAACCAGACUCCAGAUAUUCAACAUGCUCUCCACUGCACGGGCUUCUUUGCACUUUUACAUAUAUAUACCCUUCCCUUCCUCCCAAAACUCUCCUUUCUUCCUUCCUUCUCUCCCAAUCUCCCAUCAUCUUCCCACAUCCAACCAAUAAACUCUGCCACAUCACACCAUAUCAACCCGCAACAACCCGUCUCGCAAUACAGUUACAAUGACACGAGCAUCCUACCACGCCUCCUCCCGCGGCGGCCGCGCAGCAGACCCAAACACACGCAACACACGCAGCAACAACCGCCACACCAACAACACAUACAGCGCCUUCGAAGAAGAAGGCCACCACGACCAACUCCACCCCCCUAACCCAACCUUCCGCACCCAGACAGCCACUUCUGCAAAUCCCUCGUCGCACCGCACUGAAAAUAACAACCCCAGUCGCAGCUCCAGAAACCCCGACGCGCAAAACACCCAUACCACCCCACACACCCAAAAUACUCAUACCCAACCCCAUGCCCAUGCUAACUCACAGCACCCUCCACCUUACCCACCCCCCCAAGCCCACGCCCCAAAUCCCUGCACCCCACACAACCACACCGAACCCAUCAUCCAAAGCAACAACCCCAUCUCCUUCGGGCGCCCCUCACACCACAACAACCGGCACGGCCAGGCCCCACCAACCGGCUACAUGAUCCCCAUAACCCAGCUCGAAUACGAGAACAUGAUGGGCCGUGGGAUUCACGAAGACGACGACGACGGCUACGAUGACCUCGAUGACGAAUACGACGACGACGACGGCGACGGCGAUGAGGGAUACGCCGAGUUUGCGAUGCAUGAGGCGGAGGUUCUGGGUGCGAUGGGGCUUGGGCAUGGGGGAAGGGCAAGAAUGAGGAGGAGAGGAGGAAGAAGGGGGCCGAUUGGGGAGUUUUGGGCGCCGGGGAUGUAUUAUCCUGGGGAUAGGGUGUAUUAUGGGGGGAUGCGUGGGCGGUACCCGUGAUGGAUUGGUUCAUUCAUUCAUUGAUUGAAUGAAGACUGACUGGAUCAUUUCCUUCGCAACGAAGGUGAAUAUUCAUGCUUUGCCAGUAGAGGGUUAUGCUGGCUUUGAGGUCGAGUCCUAGUAGUGUUCUA